AUGUCACCGCAUCCGCCACACGACGACCACGAAAUCCCACUGAGCCCAUCCGCGCCCGAACUCCGCGAAUUCGAUGAAGACUACGGCGAAGACUCUGACGACGAUUCCGAUGAUUAUUUCCACGACGCAGCCGACACUCAUUACAACGAAGACGAUGAAGAGGAAUCAACUUCGUCCCCGUCCUUGUCGACGACCGCCUCCGAGGCGUCCAUGAGUGACUUGUUGAUGGAUGCUUACGGAGACGACACUUGCGCUAGGCUGAGUCCCGAAUUGGCUGCACUCGCAGCGCAGGAGCUGGGUGAGGAUCCCAACAAGCGGGCCGCCAUGAUCAAAGAGCUCAGGCACUGGGCAAAGCACCACGCGGCCUUUAGCCAUUGUCGCCUAGAUGCCACCUUCAUGUUGCGGUUUCUGAGGAUGAAGAAGUUCAACAUGGAAGGAGCCAAGGAAGCCAUGACAAAGUACUUCAAGUUCCGUCAUGGACACCCGUACUGGGCCGCAGAUUUGGACAUUGAGAACCCGACGUUGCACGAACUCACAUCCAAAGGAUUCGUGUUUGUUCUGCCUGAGAGAGAUGAUCAGGGACGGCGAGUGAUCUUCAACAUUGCCCAAAAACUGGAUCCCUCCAGACACACAUCCGUGGACAUGGCAAAGAUGUUCAUCAUGUGCAUCGAGACAUUGCUGGAAGAUGAGGAGAACCAGAUCCGUGGAAUUGUGUACAUCACAGACUGCAGAGACUUGGCCCUGCAAAACAUCAUGAUCUGGACCCCAGCUGACAUCCAAAAAAUCCUCACCAGAGGCGAGAAGGCGUAUCCGAUGCGACACAAGAUGAUCCACUUCAUGAAUCUGCCUUUGUGUGCAUGGUUUGCUUAUGAGUUGCUUCGCAGCUGCUUGACCCACAAACUCAGGAGUCGCAUCAUGACCCUAGUUUGGCAACGGAUUAGGAAUGAAUUGCAAGCAAGCUGGAUUGAAGAGCUGAAGACCCACAGAAAGAAGGUGCUUUCCCUGGAUGACAUGGAGUACCACAGCAAAGACGCGUUGGACGCGCACCAUGAACAGAAGUCAGGCUGGGGCAUCCGCAAGUACCUCAACAAAGCCUGGAUGUCCGCCUGGCACAAGGCUGAAAAAGCAGUGGCAGUUCAAUCCUAAGAAGAGGAAAAAGCAAAAAACAAAAAAAAACAACCUCACACAUUGUCAAAUCAGUGAAGAAAUUUUUUUUUGCGCAGAGCCUCCGUAUUUUGUUUUUUAAUUCUCCUGCUUAUACUUAUAUACGUCAUCGCAGAAAUGAUUUUUUUUGAAGGUACUCUCGUUUUCUUGUGUGCAAAAUUUUCGAUGUCAUGGGCAAAUUUGUUUGUUUUUUUUUCGGAUAGGGUUUCGGGGAAUACUUGGGAGUGGCUGUCUGGGUUAUGAGUGCUUCUUAUUCAUCACGUUUGAAACAGUUUUUCUUCUCUUUUUUUUCUUUUGAAAGCAAUUAAGCAACAUUUAAAUUUGAAUCCUUUCCUUGACAGCAAUGGACUUGUAGACAGAGACUGUUGAUUUAUUCCUAUUUAUCUGUAUCCUCAUAUAUACGUCUUUUGUGAAUGAGCCCAUUUCGUCUUAAACUCGGGAGAGUGAAGCAGUGUGUCCUAAGCAGCCAUGUUCACGAGAAUUAGCAAAAAAGAAAUUGACUUCUUUCUAAAAAUUUAAUUUUCUUCAAAACAUGUUUGCUGCCCGCGUGUGAUGCGAUAGGAGGAGGCUGAUCAUAUAUAUAUGAAUCGGUUGUGAUUGAGUCGCAUUUUUUUUUUGUGGGAAAUUUGCGAGGGGUAUUUUUUCGGAUAAUUUCUAAAGAAAAAAAAAUUAAUGGAACAGCUCUUUUUUUUUAUUGAAAAAUAUUUCCGCGUUUUUCGAGAGAUGAUGAGAAAGAAAAAAAGGAGGCUUGCGUUGUUUUUUUUUUGCCUUUUUCGGACUGGUUGGGCCGCGUGCACGUGGGUGGGUUGGUCAUGGUGCGUUCAUAUUAUGUAAUUUUAGUCCACGAUCUUUUCAUUGCCUUUUUUUGUUUGCGGUCGGGAAUGAAGUGGAAACGUUGUUAUGACGAGA